AUGGCCAUUCUCGCCUGCCCUAUCCAAGAUAACCAAUCUGGACUACAGUUAACCUCUAACAUAACAAGGAGUUAUGAAAUAUCUAAUCUCAGUUCCAUUCUCUUCAAGGCUAGCGUUAAACUACGUGAGGUGAUCGAAGCGUUACCCGGCCAACUAAAUGCUGUUGUCAACGAAGGUGGUACCAACCUCAGCCUCGGUCAGCGCCAGUUGCUUUCUCUAGCUCGAGCUAUUCUGCGUAAUAACAGAAUUCUCGUAAUCGAUGAAGCGACUGCCAACGUGGAUCCUAAGUAA